GGGUAGCCACAUGAACAUGCUGACAGAUGCUGCUGUGGAUGGUUCUACUGCUCCUGAUGUGCCCUCCAUUGUGAUGGCCUCCUCUAAAGAAAGCCAGAGCAUCACUGUGGAAUUCACUUCGGUCUCCGGUGCCACUUCCUACAUCCUGCGUGCUGAGACAAAUGACGGAUCUUUCUUCUCAGAGAUCUCAGUACCCGGCUCUCCGGGGACUGUCACCAACCUCCAGCCAUACACAGACUACACUCUCAGUGUCAUGUCCGUCAACAGCGCAGGCAGAAGCCAGCCUUCCAUCUCCGUGGAGGCUAAGACAGGUAGCACUUUUUCCACCUGAGAUGGUCACCAAGGAAAUAAUAAUGGAAGGGAACUUAAUUCGCAGAAUAGCCUCGAUGUGAAAUCCUAUCACAAAUAUCCAGAGAAUUACAUCAUGCAUAUGAUCCAAAACAGAACAAUGGGGUGUUUUCUUCAAACCACUUAAGUUAAGUUUCCAAACGAAACUGUGGAAGGGAAGGGAUCAGUAAAGAACAGGAGAGGGACAGACAGGACAUUCCAGGGGAAGGGCAGGACAGAACUAGAAAUGGACACGACUAGAGGGACUGAAGGUGAUGAAAGAGACCAGAAUGGACCUAAAGGGAAUGGAAAGGAACGGAAAGAAAUGGGAGAGAACCGAAAUGAAUGAGAGAGGGAUGAAUAGGAAAUGCCAGGACAGGACAGGACAGGGCAAGACAGGAAAUGAAGGGAUGGAAAGUGAAGAAGUGGAAAGGA